AUGGUAUCCCUCUACGACCUCUCCGUCCCAAUCGCAAUUCGCGCCCUCGAGCAACUCGCCGCCAACCUAAAAUCCGGCGAGAAAUGGUGCGAAGACAAUAAUGUCGACAAGAAAACUCUCACAGAAGGUCACAUUGCCGAUAUGUUACCUUUGACCAAACAAAUCCAAUUCGCCUCUGAUAGUGCCAAGGGCAUUCUCUUCCGUGUUGGAGGGGAAAAGGAAACGYCCAUGGAAGAUAAUGAGAAGACGUUUGAGGAAUUGCAGGAGAGGAUUGAGAAGACUUUGGUGUUGCUUAGAGCUGCUAAGAGGGAGAAGUUUGUGGAUGAGAWCGMGGWGGUUGYUGUGAAGAUGGGAAGUCAGGGGGAGGUCAAGUUUAACAGUUUGGUGUAUUUGCAAAACUUUAUGCUUCCGAAUUUCUUCUUCCAUCGGAACACGGCUUAUCUCAUCAUGAGACAGGCAGGCGUGGACCUGGGCAAGAAAGAUGUCUUGGGAUUCACGAGUCUCACUACAUCUGCUGCGACGGCUUGA